AUGAUGCCAGGUACUAAGAAUGCGUCGCAUGCCGCUCGCGAUUCGAGCACUCGGCUGGAUGCCGAAAGCAACAGAAGUCAACUUGGAGGAAGGACUUCCAUUGCACCUUCGGCAUCUACGCUAUCUGGGAACAGAAGCUUCGAUGCGCUGCCUCACGUCAGUACUAAGAGUCUGCCGCCAAUGCAUGUGAAAUCGGCGCCAUCGGCAUCACGAUCAGCUUCAACAAGCAGAUUCACGUCUUCGGCCGGCAAGCGUAGAAGGCUUGACAGUACUGACACAACAUCCGAGUCAUCGUCGUCAUUCAGCUCUUCUGAUGAAGAUCUUGAUGACGAUGAUGACGAGAUCGAUGAUAGGGCUCCAGAGCAGGCAAAGGUAGUCAUUGGGCAUCCCCAUUCGUCCACUUACCUUGGAGCACCAGCAACUUUGAAUGCUUCACAGUCCACAUCUUCUUUGGGACUUCCUGGCGCCAAUCUCGAGGCGUCACGUUCACGUUCUUCGAGAAAUGAGGAUACCAGUCGCCUGGGUGCCGUGUUUAGGCCUAUUGUGCUCAGCUCUUCCUCUGACGAGGACGAAGAUGGUAGACGGGAGAAAGAUGGGAGAAUACGGCAGCCAAAACUUGCCAACUGGCAGAGUCAUAAUCACGUCCUUUUGCCGAAUGGCACACUUCGACAAGGCUCGACACUAGGGAGGGCCGGCCCACAGAAUCGCUAUCAACAGGAUCCGAAGUCCAGUUCUUCCCGCAAAACGAAGAGACUGACCUGUGAAGAGCGUCGACUCCAGCUUUGCGCCGACUUUGAAUUCACCAAGUUCGACGCCAUGAUAUAUAGCCAGCCCGGCGCCACGAGACCUCCUCUGGGGGUGUAUACUCUGGCUGCGACAGUAGAGACCUCGAAAGGAGCCUCGACACCUGGUGCAGAUGACGGCCGCUUUCAUAUGAAGCUUGACCCUCGCAUCCACUGGCCACAUAAUCGCAGCGACCAGUGGUACAAGUCGAAGAUGGAGGAAAUCAAAGCCCGAGGUGGCCGCAAGGCGAACUUCGGCAAAGCAGCCAAGCGUAUGCGACAGCAGCGCUUGGCAGAAGAGCGCCAGGAAGAGGAAGACAAUUUGGCCUCCGCGAGGGGCGAGCCACGGCCGUGGUCCCACCAUAGACACAUGGACUUCGGCGAUGUCCCUGAAGAGGAGUUGCCAAUCUAUGUCCGCAGGAACGAGGAGUGGGUGCGGGGAGCGGCCUGGAUGCGCAAGAUACAUGAAGAGAGUCAGCGGAGGGAUGCUCGUCGUGCCGCUGAGCUCUUCAAGGAGCAUCUCGCCUCAAAUGGUCGGUAA